AUUUCCAACGGAAAAACAACAACUGCAGCAACAGCAGCAGCAAAUACUUGCAAAUAAUAAUAAUUCAAUUUCGAGAUUACGUUGCCCUUCGAUAUCAUCCUUCUCAACUUCUUCCACGGCUUUAAAACCAGGAAACUUAUCUCAUUUAUCCGCCUCAAUUGACGUAAAGUCUGGCUAUACAAAUUCGACUAACAACUUGAUCAAUUCUACUCUUAGCAGUUCCAUUUUUAUGGCUACAAAAUCUGGAAGCUCAUCUUACCAGGCAUUACAAACACAAACACAAUCAUCAUCAUCCACAACCGUAACAUCUGUUGCAGCAACAGAAACAGCACUAACAAACAAUUCGCAUAUUAGCCCCACUUUACGUACAAUGACAAUACCAACACAAAACUUCCCACCGUCUCUUGUCCAAAAUCAACCAAUAUCUACUACAAACAAUGAAACUCAUAGUACUAACUCAAUAAAUUUUACAAAUCAAACGAAUUCAUGUUUCAAAAAUACUACUACUUCGGAGGCGUCGUUACUUGAAGCAACAAUAACUCCCUUCAAUAAUCACCAUCAUACUUUCAAUAGCAACAAAACAUUAUUGACUUCAGCUACUUCGGCUUCUAUUUCCAAUCAACGUUCAUCCACAACUGCUAGUUUACUUUUUGUAAGUCCUGCAAAUCAUACUAGUAGUACUCUUCAUGUCGUACAAUACAACAGUACAGAAAAAUUAACAACAACAGCAACAACAAAAUCAACUACUAUAACAAUAACAUCACAACAUAUUCAUCAUAUUAACAGCAUCAACAUUUCGUAUACAUAUACAAUCAAAUGUUAAUUGUACCAGUAUAUACAUACAUACAUGCAUAUAUAUACAUAAAUAUAUAUAUUUCUUUCUCCAUAUGAAUAUUUUUUUAUUGUAAUUUCGACGGUUUUGCAUAUCGACUCGUGAAAUUGAUAAAUAAAUGAAAUAUUUACGGGACCUACAUUCCCCUAUUCCUCCUCCUCACAUAGUGUAAAAUUAUCAUUUUCAGAUUUUUAUUAUUGAUUCUUAAUUGAUGCACUUAAUAUUAAAACAUUAUCAUUUAGUUUAAAACACGGAUUGAAUUAAUGCUAAAAUAAAAAGGCUUUAAGUCUUAUAAAAAUACAAUAAUAGACGAAAAACAAGAAAACUAUAAUUAUAAAUAAACAUUUAAAAGAGAUUUAAUAAAUUAAGUUAAAACUCUAAAAACCCCUUAAUUGAGGGACCCUUUAAAUACAUGAUAAACUACUUACAUAUAUUUAUAAAAAAAAAUUAAAUUUACUAUAUAUUUACAAUUGAAUAUUGACAAAAAGAUUUAUAUUAAAUAAACAUUAAAUCUAAAACUA